CAUCAUUAAAACUUAUAUAAGAAACAUUUGGGUUUCACACCUUCCUCUUUUUACUUUUCUCUAGACCAUAACAUGGUCUAGAGCAACAGUCGGUCACGGAUUGAAAAUGCAUGAACAGAUCGAUCGAUGGAAGACCGUGGUGUUGAAUGAUCGCCAGUGGAUGACACUUCAGCUCUCAACCUCUUAUUCAAAUGUUCCCAGUUUCCGCUUCCAUCACGCUCCUCCAGCAUUACAUUCGCCGCUUUCUCGUUCCAAUCUGCAACCCACCGGCAACACUUGACACCAGUCUUCCUUCCUUCCUCACUGCUGGCGCGAAAAAAAAGUUAGGAUGCGGGGUCCCCAGGGAGACGCGUGCUGGGCGCCACACUUGUGGUAACGCCGAAAUCUCCGGAGCUGGUUCGAGGUGAGAUUCAGGGUCUGUGUGCAACAACAACAAGGCCCCCGCCCGCCGCCGCUUGUGUAUUCGUGCCCGAUGCUUGCUCAUGUUCCAGCGCGUCGCUUCUCUUCUAAUCUCUUCCUUGUUUCCCUCUUAUUCACUAAUUUCCUAUACUCACCCUAUCCUCUCCAUCCAUUCACAUUCACUGUCUCGCAUUUCAGAAACAAGUUCCCUCGACGGGGUCACAAUACUAUCAUAUCCUCUAGCAUCCAUCUUGAUAGACGCCUAGACUCGCAUCAAGUACACUAACAGAACCAACAAGUCGCAUCUGUCAUGGCAGCUCCGCCCGAGUCACUUCAAUCGCUUCCGUCCCCGACGCCGUCCUCAUCUUCACAAGCUCAUUCUCACUUUGGCUCCCUUCAUCUUCAAACACCACAAACAUCUUCCACCCCCAGUACCAAUUCUCAUCCAUCGCCCAACCCGCUGAAUGAACGUGACGCUCAAGCAAACUCUGCAAGCACAACAACCGCUGUCCAGCCUGCCGCUUACCUCCCUUCAGUCUCAUCUUCCCCGCCCCCGAAUCCACCGCCUUACAUCCCCCCACCUCAACACGCCAUGCCACCUGAUCCAAUUCACUCAAUGCCUUCAGCAGCAGGUUACGGACAACCGGCAAUGUCUUGGGCGAAUGCGCCUCCGGGACCGAAUGGUUGGAGAAAUGGAGGGGGCGUAGCUGGUGGAUCGUUUGCAGGAUACAGAGGCGGAAUCCCGAACGGGAGGCAUUUGCCUACGAAUCCAGACUACCCCGCGAGGUUUGGCGCAAGGCCUGGUUCGGCACAUGGAGAGAGCAGAGACAGAAGGAGAGAAAGGAGAGAUAGAGAUAGAGACGACGAGAGGGAAUUGGAAGAGGAGGUGAUUAGUACGAUUUUCGUAGUUGGCUUCCCGGAUGACAUGUCUGAACGGGAAUUCCAAAAUAUUUUCACAUUCGCACCUGGAUUUGAGGCUGCAACACUCAAGUUCCCCUCUGGCUCUCGACGUGAACCGACUGCCGCUCUCCUUGCCGAAUUAACCCAAUUAGCUGCUCACCAGAACGCUCAAGGAGGGGAAUAUUCAGAGUAUCCCCUAGGUAACAUCAACCUCGAAGAAGCCAUUUCCUCCUUAUCUCUAACCACCGCAUCUACCUCUCAAUCUACCACUCCUUCAGCGCCCAUGUCACUCACCCCUUCUGUCUCCUCCAAUCCCAUGCUGGCCCCUGGUCCUAAUCCAGCUAUCCCUCCAUCUUCCGCUCGGCGCCAAACUAUUGGUUUUGCUCGAUUCAAAACCCGUAGCGACGCGCUCACCGCAAAGGACCAUCUCCAAGGCAAAAAGAUUGAUCCUUUGACGGGCUCAGUGUUGAAAGCAGAGAUGGCUAAGAAGAAUCUACACACUAAGAAGACGACGUCCGGUGAGGAGAUUAUGGGUUUUUUACUAAGAUCUGGAAGGCUCGGGUUAGUCCCUGGUGCGGGUCACACUACUGGUCCUGUUUCUGUCAGCGGGACUUCAGGAGGUAAUGGAGCGAUGGGCUCUGUAAGGGAUGCGUGGGAAUCGUGGCCAAACUCCAGCUCGGGCCCGGGAUCUGAUAAGGACGCGCGCCUAAAUGUGGACGAGAAGGCCACUGCCAACAUGUCUUCUCAAUUAAAUACCAGUACCAAUCUUACGCCAUCUUCCGCCUCCGCCCCUACAUCUACCUCGGCUCCCGGUGUAUCAACCUCGACAUCCCCGCCUCUCAGGCAGACCGACUCGAAAGCCCUUUUGGCACUAGCGGAAGAAGCAGAUGAGCUUGAAGGGUGGAGUGUAAACGGCGCGCUUGGGAUGGGUAUGACUAUGGGUCCUCCAUACGAAGGGUAUUCCUCUGUCUCCGCUCCUAGUCAAGGCCAAGCUCCAGGGCAGGGUCAAGGUCAAAGAAGAUUAGGGAGCCAGUCUGGACCGGCAGGUGCUGCGUAUGGGAGACAUGGACAUGGGCACGGGCCGGAGUACGGGACGAAUGCGACGGGGACGACCCUUUCCGGAGAGCACAUGGAUGGUGCGCACGUAGGUGGGAUAGGAUUGGCUGGAGGCAGAAUUAUGGGUGCCAAUCCCGCUGAUCAAAAUCCACCUAUCAACACUCUCUAUGUCGGUAACCUUCCCGCAGUCUCACCGCCUACUCAUCCGCCAGGCUUCCUCGAAGAAUCUCUCCGAGCAUUAUUCAGUCGAUGUCCGGGUUUCAAACGGAUGUCGUAUAGGCAAAAAAUCAAUGGCCCAAUGUGCUUUGUUGAGUUUGAAGAGGUGAUAUACGCUAGUCAAGCGAUCAAGGAAUUGUACGGGCAUAAUCUUGGCGGACUUGUCAAAGGAGGUAUCCGACUUUCGUACUCCAAGAACUCUCUCGGCCAACGAGGUAACAACCACCCGUCUCAAAUAAACACCAAUGUCUUUGGCGGCAUCGCACAUAACGUUGCUUUGGCUGGAAUGUCCAUGACUUCGCCUACCACUCAGCAGCAUCCAUUACCAAAUGGUGCUGUGGGAUACGGGCUUCCGGGUAGUUUGGGAGAAGGGAGCGCGUCGUUAGGUAUGGGCGAUUUGAGGAGGGAAUCAGGACCAGGGACAGCCACGGCCAAUGGGAUUUCUACCGGUACUUCGCUCUCACCAACAGCUCAACCAUUCAACAUAUCGCUCCCACCCACUUCUCCCCGAUCAAGAUAUUUUGCCUCUCCACCUCUGAGUACAAGCAACCCUCAUAAACUCUCUCCUACCGAAUCCGCCUCUGUUUCUGCAUCAGCUUCCGCUUCCGCGUCCACAUCUGUAUCUGCAGGCUCUUCAUUGAACUCCAACACAACCAACGGUCUCAGUACUACCGGUCUGCCCACACCGGGUGGCGCUGGUGUGGGUGUACCUAUACCAUCCUCAUCCUCCCGCUCGUCCACCUCUGCUCGCUCCACUGCCUCUGCGUUCCAACCCUUUGGUCAACCAUCAACCUCCAUCUCGACCAGCGUGAACACCAAUACUUCGAGCGGGUUCUCGCCUGUUUCUUCUCCGAUAAGAACACCUGCGAGUUUUAGUUGGUUGAGCAGUUCGGCGGGGACAGGCGGUGGAGUGGGGUACGGGUAUGAGUUUGGGGGGAGUGUACCGUUGGGAAGUUUGAAUGGCGCUGCCAGUGCUUGGGGGCAAAGUGCGGAGAGAAGGGACUAAAGUGACGAGCUCUACCGAGGAUAGACGAUCUGUCAGCAAUAAUAAGCAAAGAAAACAAACAAUUCAUCAGUUACCAUCCUUCAAAGACUCAUUGUUUCAACAAUCUCCUCAUUGCCUUCUUUUCAAUUAUACGCAGUACGAAUCCAACAAUUCUCUCGAUAGCAUUUUCCUUGAUCAUUUUUGCCUUUUGGCGCCCUCGCCAGCCCAAGUUGUCGCGCAUCAAAAUCAUUAUUUCGGGUCUCUGGUCUCAUUUCUUCUUUCAUCAAAUUGCUUUAUCGGGUUUCGAUUUUCAUUCUCAUUCUCGAACCCGCCAAAAAAAAAUCAUUCGUUUCUCUGUUAUUUGACUAGUCUGCUUUCCAUUUUCUCUCUUGCCAUCUCGCAAUGCUGCCACCAAUUUACACUCAACAUGCAAAUGCCAUACAUUAUUACUCUUUCUUUUCUUUUUUUAUACUAUUUUGCCUUGCCAUUUUUGUUUACCUAUCUUUACUCUCUGUGCAUAACGCAAUGUUAUCGGUCUGUAUCUGUUUCUUUGCGACACAUUUGCAACUUGUCAGUAGAUCAUGUGACAAUGAAUGGUUUGCUUUGUUCGUUU